UAAUUCCUAUAGCUCCUUGCAUUUGGAGACAUUCUUUCUUCAAAGCCUCCCCCCCCCCCCACCAUCAAACUCUUUCUCUCUUCCUCUUUCAAACCAAAAACUCUUCAUUUUGUGAUGUCUCGCCUGAAGCUAGCAAAGAAGCUUCAACCUGCCAAGAAGGCAUGGAAGUGCUUUUCCAACAAACUCCAAUCCAAAAUCCACAAAGUCAACCUCUCCAAGGCCAUCAAAACCACCCUCCAGAACCUCCUUUCAGCCUUCAAAUCACUCAUUCAUCUCAUAAACUCAAGCCUUCACCGCACCCUCGCUGCUACUAGAACAUAUUCUACUUAUCAUCACUAUCAUGUUCAAAGCAAGAACAUAUCAGCAAUACACAUAGAUGACCUCUUUGCUGAGAAGGGUACUCAUCAUCAUCAUCAUCAUCAUUCACAAGGGGAAACAAGCAGAGAAGUGAAUCAUGGUGAGAGCAGUGGCUUGAAUAGUAUUGAGGAUGCAUGGAAGGCUGUGGUUGCUAGGUCUCCACAUCUGCAAGUGGAUCAGAGGGCAGAGGAAUUCAUCUCCAAGUUUCAUGAAGACAUGAGGCUUCAGAAAGAGAGGAAUAUAUACGAGAUGGCAUUGACUGGGCUAAAGUUGAAUUAUACCUGUACCCUUCCUUGGAUGCUGUCAUUUCGGUUCAAACUAAUUUACGGAAGGCACACUUCCAUUGGCAAUGGAUUCACUCUUCUCCUUAUCUCUCUAUGUGGAUAAUGAUGUCUUAUGCUUGAUUGUGUUGUGUUUAUUAGGGUUUCAUUUCGAUUACAUUUCAAAUUUGUUGUUUUGUAUUUGAUUUAGGUUUGAAAUUGAUAUUGUUAACUUAUAAUUUUUAUUUCAGAUCUUUCUCUCUUUGAAUGCUGCAAUUUAAGAUUUG